UUGAUUAAUAGAUUCAUAUUUUUUAUAAGAACCCAUGACCGCUAGGUUGUCGUAGGGGCUUUCUUAUAGUUCAUUUAAAACAGCUGGUCAACCGACAAUUUUGCACCAUGAACACUUCUGUAACCACAGAAAACGUACAACCAAUGUCUGUCAGCGUUUCCAUGACAACCACGAAUGACAUUCCAGAAUCAAGCAUUGUGACGUUUCAUAAAUCCGGUACAAAGUCCGGAGAAUGCAGCAACCUUCCAUUGCUACGAAACAACUCCCCGGCGUUGAUAAAAAAGAUUCACAACCGAGUGACGCAUUCUAAGAAAUUCGGACAUCUUCCACAAAGGAAACCUGUUGAGAUCAAAUUCGUAAACCUGAGUUAUUCUGUCAGGGAAGGAUCGAUCUUUCGAAAUAAAGGUUUUAAAUGUAUUUUAAAAUGUGUGAAUGGGACUUUCUCUUCUUGUCAACUAACUGGAAUCUUGGGACCUUCUGGUGCUGGGAAAAGUUCUUUAAUGAAUUUGCUGACCGGAUACAGAGAGCGAGGGAUGAAAGGUGAAAUUCUAGUGAAUGGAUUUCCUCGUGAUAGCCGAGCAUUUCGUAAAUUAUCUUGUUACAUCAUGCAAGAUGAUAGGCUACUUCCUCAUCUAACUGUCAUGGAGUCCAUGAUGGUUUCUGCAAACUUGAAACUUGAUAGUAACUCACCAACUCACGCCAAGCAAGAAAUAGUGACAGAAAUACUUGGCACUCUUGGGUUGAUGCCAUGUAGAAAGACCAGGACCGUGGAUUUGUCAGGUGGGCAACGAAAGAGACUUGCAAUCGCACUUGAAUUGGUCAACAAUCCCCCAGUCAUGUUCUUUGAUGAACCAACAAGUGGUCUUGAUAGUGUAUCAAGUUUUCAAGUGUUAUCAUUGCUCAAGUCCCUUGCUCUUGGUGGUCGUACAGUAAUAUGCAGCAUUCAUCAACCUUCAGCAAAACUAUUUGAAAUGUUUGACAGACUGUAUAUUCUGGGCACUGGCCAGUGUGUGUACCAAGGUUCGGUUCCUGGACUUCUUCCUUUUUUGAGAGACAACGGAUUAAGUUGUCCACAAUACCACAAUCCUGCAGAUUACAUUAUCGAAGUUGCCUCAGGUGAAUAUGGAGAAGUUGUCCCCACACUGGUUCAAGCUGUGGAGGCUGGAAAGUGUGAAUACUACACCCAACAUUAUGAGAAAGCAAGCAACAGCGCCAUCGUGAGUAAUUCUUCAUCGAAAGAAGAAGAUCAAUGGAUGAAGAAUGGAUCGAUGUCAACUUUGAACGGAGAUAAACCGGAGUUGGACAAUUUAAAGAAUAUUGAUUCUGAUGCAGGUGUACAGGCUUGCCACACUUUCAACACAAACUGUUUCACUCAAUUUUAUGUUCUGCUUAAAAGAACUUUCAUAUCUAUUGUGAGAGAUCAGAUGCUUACCCAUAUUCGAUUCCUAAGUCAUGUGAUCAUUGGUGUCCUUAUUGGCCUCUUGUAUCUGGAUAUUGGUGACAAUGCAGAAAAAGUGCUGAAUAAUGCUGGAUUCUUAUUCUUCUCCGUCCUCUUCAUAAUGUUUGCAUCCUUAAUGCCAACUGUGCUCACUUUCCCAAUGGAAAUGACUGUGUUUAUGAGAGAACACAUGAACUACUGGUAUUCCUUGAAGGCGUAUUACAUAGCCAAGACAUUAGCAGAUAUCCCAUUCCAGGUUAUAUUCCCUGUGUUUUAUUGCACAAUAGUUUACUUUAUGACAUCACAACCGUAUGAAGCUGAUCGAUUUCUUCUGUUUGUUUCACUUUUUAUCAUGACGUCAAUUGUUGCGCAAUCUUUAGGACUUCUCAUUGGAGCUGCUUCCACAUCAUUACAGGUUGCCACGUUUGUUGGACCAAUCACUGCAAUUCCUGUUCUUUUAUUUUCUGGCUUUUUCGUUCGAUUUGAAGUGAUACCAUGGUAUUUGAAGUGGAUAAGUUAUUCAUCCUAUAUCAGAUAUGGAUUUGAGGGUAUACUGGUUUCUAUAUACGGCCUCAACCGUACAGAAUUACAAUGCAACAAUGAUAGAGGAAUUGGAUGCCAGUUUAGGGACACAAGUAGAGUUUUGCAGGAGAUGGACGUUGAAGAGAGCAAUCUUGCGCUUGAUUUCGUUAUUUUAGGAAUCUUUUUCUUUGGCCUUCGAUUUCUCGCAUAUUUAGUGUUACGGUUGCGAGUAAAAUUCGAGAAAUAGAUAAUUACUUAUUUAAACUGAACGGUGUAGUUUUGAUUGUACAUUAUGGUCGCCACGCCUCUGCUGCGUAUAUUUUCCAACAUUGUUGCGUUAUACAUAUCGCUGUUUUUUUCUCAAUGCGGAAAUAAAUUGUUCACUCAAUCUGAUUCGUCGGAUUUGUGAAGUUUUAACAAAAAAAAA